AUGUCUCAGAACACCGUUGUCAGCAUUGGCGAGAUCCUGUAUGACGUGCUGGCGGAUCAGCGCGGCGUGCCCAAGGAAGAAGUCACCUCCUGGGUGCCCUACCCCGGUGGCGCCCCGGCCAACGUCGUCACCUGCACCUCCCGCCUUGGAGUCCGCUCCGUGCUGCUGGGCAUGCUGGGCACCGACCAGCUGGGCGACGACUUCGUCAACCUGCUCAAGGAGCGCAAUGUGGAGACCAAGUACCUGCAGCGCACCCCCGACCACCCCACGCGCGACGUGCUGGUGACGCGCACUGCUGACGGCGAGCGCACCUUUGCCGGCUUCGGCAAGGCCAGGAGCGAGGAGUACGCCGACUGCUUCGUGGACGCCGAGGCGCUGCCCGCCGACGAGAUCAAGUCAGCAUCGGUGGUGGUUUCAGGCACGCUGGGCCUGGCCUACCCCGGCUCCGCCGCCGCCAUCCGGCGCGUGGUGGAGCUGGCGCGGGCCGGCUCCGCCACGCUCAUCCUGGACGUGAACUGGCGGCCCGUCUUCUGGGAGGCCCAGGGCGAGGCCGUGGCCAAGGCCACCAUCCUGGACUUCAUAGCCGCCGCCGACCUGCUCAAGGUGACGGAGGAGGAGGCGGAGUGGCUGUGGGGCAUCCCCGGCACCCGCGCACUGGAGCACCCCGAGGAGGUGCUGGCCAAACUGCCGGGCGCGCGCGGCGUGCUGGUGUCGGCGGGCGAGCACGGCUCCUCCUAUGCCUUCUCCUCCCCCGGCGGCAAGAUGGCCAACACCGGCAUCGUCCCCGUGCUCAAGAUCAAGGUCUCUGACACCACCGGCGCGGGAGACGCCUUCCUGGGGGGGUUCAUCUACCACAUGCUGGCCAGCGGGGGGUUGCCGGCGCUGCUGGCCGACCCGGAGAAGGCGCGCGCCUCCGUCGAGUUUGCCACCGCCUGCGGGGCCUUCACCUGUACGCAGCCGGGCGCCAUCGGGGGGCAGCCCACCCUGGAGCAGGCCAAGGAGCUCCUGGCCACCAAGGCCUAG